AUGCUGCAGCAGGAUCUGCUGGGAAUACGUCGUGGAUACUGCAGGAGGCCAGAAUGCAGCGAAUGCGAAGGCUUCAGUCGCAGAGGCAUGUGCUUCCCGCUUGCUGCAGCCGACAUUGGCUUCCAUUGCGAGUCGUGCGGCUGCAAAUCGAAGGAGCACGAGCAACUUCCUCAGGCACCGAGCAUUGGUCUUGCGACGGAAGCUUCACAAGCUGGUUACCACGCUCACCGGCAUCUGUGCGUUGGAGAUUUGGUUCAGCUUAAAGGCGCUGAGGCGUCGACAGCAAAACGUGGAAUUGUUCUUGACAUUCUCGAGUCGGGCCCGUUUGGCUUGUGCUCGGUUGAAUUGCUCAGAGAAUCGGGCACGCCUGUACCUGAGGAGAGGUUCAUCUCAGUGAGGACGGCUGAGCUCCGUGUUCAGGCUCAUGCUUCCGUCGGCUCCUGGUCGCCACCGCGAGUCCUAGGUGGCUUCGAUCGAGAGGAAAACUUCAAGAACCUGGUGUUUCAACCUGAAGGGCUGCAUGGCUUGGUCCCGGCCCUGAAAAGACGGCGAUGCAGCAUUUGUGUGCUGGGCGGCUCUAUCUCGCUACAAGCUCGUGGGUAUCGCCCAAAUCUAGUUCGCGCAUUGGAAAGACGCGGCGUUGCAGUGGAGGAUCUCCCCGCGGCUGUGGGUACCGCAGGCAGCCGCCCGUUGGCACUCGUGGUCCACGACAUGGUGUUAACGAAGCGCCCAGAUCUUCUAAUCGUGGAGGUUGCCGUGAACGACGGGGAUGACCUCUUGGAGAGCACACCAAAUUCGAAUGCCAUCUCGAUCUUGCAAGCCGCAGAAGGCAUUGUCCGUUCUGUCCGGCGCGGUUCUCCCAGUACAACAAUUGUGUUUCUCGAGAUGUUCUUGCGCGACGACAUGGAGGCACGCAUGUUGAAGACGGGGUCGGAGGCUUGGCAGCACAGCUCGAUGGAGGAGGCCGUUAUGUGGUACCAUGAUGUAGCUCCGCGACUGCAUCGCCAUGUUUGUUCCCACUAUGGGCUGGCUCAAAUUGAUUUGAUUCCCGCUUUGCGCUCCUUGGGAGCGGAGCAACGCUCGGAAUGGUUUCGGGAUGAUUGCCAUCAUUCAGAUGCAGGCGGCGAAGCUCUGGGCAAUUUGUUGGCCAAGCUUCUGCUGUGGGCAGUUCGCCAGCCAGCCUUGCCCGCCUUGAAGGUUCCAGCGGCCCCAAGCAUCCCAGCUGCUCUGGAUGCUGGCUGCUGGUGCAAUGGCAAAACCAUCCGGGUGCUUCGUGGAUGGUUGAGUCCGGCUUCCUUGGUAUCCACAAGGAGGGACAAGGACUUGCUGCACCUUGGACAGCAAGCGGACUGGCUUCUUCUCUAUACAGCGGGCAAGGCGACAAUUCCUUUCAAGGGCAGCUCCUGUGGUCUGAUGACUUUGCUCGGACCAGAUGCUCCUUGCCUGCAAGUCAGAGUGGAUGGUGGUGGUGUGCGACGUCUUUCGCUCCUGGAUCAGUGGUGCUUCUACUGGCGGGAUGCUGUUGUCCUCCUUUGUGAUGGCCUUGCUGACACAACCCACACCCUGGAGCUGCAGGUGGAGGAAGACACGCCGGAUAUGUCCAUUCUGAAGCGACAACCAUGCUCCGAGCUCUGGGGCAGGUUCCAAGAAGAGGCACGAGAAGCAGGGCGGCAGCCACAGAAACUCUGGAUGUUAUAUGCGUGCGCCGUGGAGACUGAAACAUGA